GGAGCCCUCCUGCCCGCCGCACUCCCAGCAUGGGAAAACUUCACUCCAAGCCGGCCGCUGCAGUGUGCAAGCGCAGGGAGAGCCCAGAAGGUGACAGCUUCGCGGUGAGUGCUGCCUGGGCUCGGAAAGGCCUGGAGGAGUGGAUGGGCAGGAAGCGCUGCGCCGGCGUGGGACCAAGACAGCCAAGAGCAGCUGCAACUACUGGGGACUUCGUGGGUGAAGUUUUCAGAGAAACACUCAGUGAAGGGGAGGAAGAGGACUUUCAACUGGAAGUGGCCCUGCCGCCUGAGAAGACCGAGAGGCCGGGCAUUGCGGAUGAGAAGAGGAUGGAGACAGCGAGUGAGCUUUGUCCAGGCUCCAAGAAGCAGCUGAAGUUUGAAGAACUGCAGUGUGAUGUGUCUGUGGAGGAGGACAGGCGGCAGGAGUGGACCUUCACGUUGUAUGACUUUGACAACAAUGGCAAGGUCACCAGAGAGGAUAUCACCAGCUUGCUGCACACCAUCUAUGAGGUAGUAGACUCUUCUGUCAACCACUCCCCAGCAUCAAGCAAGACUCUGCGGGUAAAGCUGACAGUAGCCCCGGAUGGAAGCCAAAGCAAGAAGUGUAUCCUUCUCAAUCCUGCUGACAGGCAGAACUCACGACCCAGAGUGGAGACCAAGCCCACCGAAGAGCUUCGAAGUUGGGAGAAGAAGCAGCGAGCCCCUCUCAGGUCCCAGGGCCACAGUCGCCUGGAGCAGUCUGGCUGCGACCGCCACUGCAUGGAUGAGAACAUCGAGAGGAGAAACCACUACUUAGACCUCGCUGGGAUAGAAAACUACACCUCCCAGUGUGUGCCGGGCUCCCCUUCGAUGGCCCAGAAGUCCGAACUGCCCCCUCGUGCCUCCAACCCCACUCGAUCUUGCUCCCAUGAGCCAGAAGCCACGCACGACCCACACCGAAAGGCCCAAACCAUGGAUCCAGGCUCCUUCCACUUCCUUGAUACCCCGUUUGCCAAGGUCUCCGAGGUCCAGCAGCGGCUCCGGGGCACUCAGGAUGGGAGCAAGCACUUUGCGAGGUUCCCCAAGGGCCAGGGCAGAAGCACAAACAUGGGCUCUACAGCCAGAGGGCCAAGAAGCAAACCCACUCUGGUGCCCGCUGGCUCCUCCGUGUCUCCCUCCACCCAUUUGACCACCAGCCCGGCCUUCCUCCCCACGCUGGCACCCCUUGGGCACAAAAAGCACAAACACCGAGGCAAGGAAAGCCAGCAGGGGUGCCGGGGCCUGCAGCCCCUGCUGGGGGCAGGCCACACAGCGGUGGGGCGGGAGCAUGUACGGGAGCUGCCUGCGGUGAUGGUGUAUGGGACCCAGGCUGGGCAAGCAGUCCAGAGACAUGAACACCAUCACCACCACGAACACCAUCACCAUUACCACCACUUUUACCAGACCUAGACCCCCUUCCCCGCCUGCCUGCUCCCCCACCAUAUGAAGGAAGCCCUGCCCCCUGGCACCCCCAGGCAUUAUUAUUCUAUCACGUAUUGUUAUGAUGAUGAUGAUUGUUAUUAAUAACUAUUGUUUCUCCAGUCAUAUUCUGCUCGCGUCCAUGUCGAAGAUAUAUGGACACACAGAACUAUUAUUUAUAUGUUGUGCGGACUGCAUUAUUGACCCAAGAAAUGACUGUUUCAAAGAGCACCCUGUUCAUGGCAGGGGUUUCUCGGUGUCCUGGUGAAUCCUCCAGACCCUUUGGAAGCCCCAGUAUGAGCCCUGGGCUAGAACCCUGCCCCUAUAACACUCUUCCAGAAGAACACGUGUCUAACCUGGCUUCCAGAGACUCUUGGAAUUUCUGAGAAGAUAGACGGCUGCUACCUCUUCAUGUUAGUCUGCGCUGAUUUUGCCCUUACCUGGUUGAAAAGUAACACAAAGGGUUUGUGCGGACUGCAAACCGAUGACCAUGUUGCUGGUCUGUUUUUCUGCCCUCACCUGGAGCCCUCUUACCCCAACCAGCCCCGUCUUUCCUGUCACGUGGCAUGAAAAUCCACCUCUCCUUUUCCUUCCCUCGUCUCUUCUUUUUUGGAAAGAUUCACAUCUUUAAAGCCAGCUCAGAAACUAGCCCGCUCAUGCUGGGAACCAUUGGGGAGGAAACCAACCACAUCACAAGCAUGGUUUGCCAAGCGCUCUUGCUGGUUGCAGCUGAAGGCGUAGGCACCUCAUGUUUCAGGGUUGGCAAAUACAUAUGUACCCACAGGGUCGUGAACCAGAGCUUUUUGUAUCUGUAAAUGGCUGUCAUUUGUUGUAUGUGUCUUUCUUAAGUAUGCACUCUCAGGUAGCCUUUUUGCAUGGAGGUUCGCGCAGAGCUUUCUGAGUUAAGAGGUGAACCUGGGUGCCUCCUGUUGGGGCUGACUGGUACCUUGUCCUAGAGCAGCGAUUCUCAACCUUCCUAAUGCCGCGACCCUUUCAUACAGUUCCUCA